UCCAGAUUUUUUAAUGCUAAAAACACUGAUUCUUAUGAAUAUGUUUCUUUAAUCAGAUGAACUCUCAUGCAUUAAAAGAAAUCCUCUCAUACAGCUGAGGAAGAAAACCUCACGCCUCAGUAUUCUCUCUUCUUGUAAGAUCACCCUACUUCUACAAAUAUGGAGCAUCAUUACCACUGGCGAGCCUCUUCACCACAAAGGGCAUUUUAGCAGAAAUACUUUCUAGCUCGGAUCUGUGCUAUAAGUAGCUCAGGUACGAGUAAUGCCAUUUCUGAUCAAAGUAGAAAAUGUAGUCAGUGUAACUUGUUCCUGAGCUACAUUGGGCUCCGGAAGGAGCCAGAAUAGUUUCAUCAAAACCUCUUUACCUCCCAAUUUGCUAGUUUGUUCACCUUGUCCUUCAUGAAAAGGGGCUCAUAGAUGAUUUCAAUUUAUUUUCAAAAAUUUAAUAGACCAGACUGAAGUCAGACCUUGAGCUAAUCUGAGCUGUCUAUGGAGCUCAUCUGUAUCUCAGUCUGUCUUAUAAGCAAUGAAUUAGCAAUUUGC